GCUGCUUAACCGCGGCAAAGACAAAGCGUGCCAAGCGCACCCAGCCGAGCGCCGGGCUGCCCCAGGAGCAGCUUGCGGGCCCUCUUGGACGCCGUCGACGAGCGCGAGCGUGCGGAACGCAUCGACCGCGCCGCACCGGCUAGCACCAACAGCUGCCCCCCAACUCGCCGCGCCAAGAUGCCGCGCGACUCCAGCAGCAGCGAUUCCGACGACGCGCCGGCGCGCCGCGCGCCCACCAGACGCAAGAGCUCGGACGAGGACGCGCCGGCGCGGCGCGACAACGGCGAUCGACGAGCGCGGUUGGAGGCGCGGCGGCGCGCGGCCGAGAGUUCGGACGAAGAAGAGAGAGCGCCGCGGCGGCGAUUAGAUGACGAGGCCCUGACGCAGCGCGCGGGCGCCGACGCGCGGAAACGUGUUGAUGAAGCGUCGCGCGACAUUAACGAAGGCCUGUCCGCGCGGGAAAUGGCCCGCAGGCGCGUGCUGGCGCGGCGGAAGGCCCGGGAGGAAGCGAAUGACUCCGACGCGGACGUGGAGAACACGGGCGAGCAGCCCGUCGACCCUGUAAAUCCAAGGGGCGACGGCCGCGCGCGCGCGCUGGAGCGGAGAGAUCGCAUGAAGCGCGCGGAAGAUGAUGAUGCUUUGGUGCCGACGUCCCCAAAGGACGAGGAGACCGGGCUGACGGCGCGGGAGAAGGCGCGGAAGCGCGUUUUAGAAAGGAGGAAGCUCCGGGAGGCCCAAGCUAAAAAUGAAGACGGAGAUGGUGAAGACGACGACAAGAAGCCUUCGAUGGACACUACUGGUUUGCUCGGUGAGUUAGGGAAGGACGGCGACGGCACGAAGUUGGUCAGGAGGGCCACGAUCCUACGCUGGGCCGACGGCGCGUCGGUUUUUGCGAUGCUCGCGUUCAUGACGUGUUACGUGGGCUUCUUCUGGCUGUGUCUGUGGGACAACCAGUGCAUCGUCCACGGGUCGAAGGACCGGCACCAGAACGAUCCCGCGAUAUUGGAGGAGUCCUACGCCGCCCGAAGCUUGUUCUGGGUGUUGGUAGUUUGCGGUUUUGUCGUCGUGCCCUACGUCAUCGUCGCCACGGAUUCUGCGAGGCGUAUUCGCGUGCUGCGGGUUGCGGGCGAAGCGGCGCAAAAAAGGAACCCGCAGCACUGGUAUUACGACCGCAAAUAUCUAUGGCAGGCUGUUGUACUAGCAUUGAUCACUUCCUUGGUCUUAAUUGCCGCGGCGUCGGAACGGUCGACGAAGAUCCGCCACCAGUACAAGUCCGUUUCCAGAAACUGGGAGCGCUGCGAAAGGGAAGCGGCUUCGAACGGCGUCUGGAUCGAGCACGGGAGUUGCCCCUGGGACAAUUCGGUAAGGCUCUUCUACAAACCGGAGGAGGGCGACGAGGUCGAGGCGCGCGGGCGGCCGGCGACGAUCUAUAGGGACAGAGGCGAUUCCUACGACGUUGAUUAUUUAGAUGGGGAGUUAGAGCGGGAGGAGCACCUCAAGCGGAGUGACAUGCUCUGGAACGAGGCCGGGACGAUAAGGCGGAAGCGUAGGACUUUCCUCGAGCACCAGGUCAUCGUCGCGGCGACCGAGGCGGCUUGCUUGAUGGCGGCGGCUCUCUGCCUGAUGGCGUCGUACCCGGCCGGUGCGGGCGGCGGUUUUAGUGGAGACACGCUGCGGCUCAAGAAGCCGCUCCGGGCCUCUGGAGGGGGGAACUAAGUGGGUAUCUCAGC